ACCGAUUUUUGACACUCGGACAUACUAUUAUCAGGAAAGCAUUUUCUCCGAAUUUCAAUUAUAUAUCUCAUAUAUUGAUCGAUAUUUUUUCGGUAAAAAGUCAAUUGUAGACACUGGUGUCCACAUAUUUGGUACCUAGGGGCUUGAACAGUUUUGCUGCGAUUUGGACAAUUUUUGUUCAUAAGGUGGCACAUUUUAGAAGGACUAUUCGUUUAAAGGUUUAUCUCGAUAUGUUAAUUGGUGCUUUAUUUCCAUACUGGAGUGUGAAAGAAUCAGAUGGAAUUUAAAAUUGUGUUAUAUGGGAAGUAGGCGUGGUUGUCAUUCCAUUAUAAUAUUGGAAGAAUGUUAUGCAAUAAAUUUGGUUGAAAUCGGUCAAGCAGGUCCGGAGAUGCGUGAUUUCACAAAAAAGAGUGCGGUGCCACGCCCACCGUCCAAUUUUGAUACCGGCUCCUAUUAAGCCCUCUUGUGUCAUUCUGGGUAUAAAAUUUAAUGUCUAUGACGCAUUUAGUUAGUAGUGGGAGGGGUUAUUAAUCGAUUUCACCUAUUUUCACACUAUCGUAAGAGGUCUUGAAAAUAUUUACUGUGUGCAAAUUUGGGUGACAUAGCUUGACUGGUUUGGGAGAUAUAUACAUCAAACUUUUUAGGGCGCGGAGCCACGCCCACUUUUUCAAAAUUUUCAAACCACAGGUACCUCUCCUUAAUUAUGAUAUAUAUAUUUUUUUACAGAACAUAUCGGUCAAUCUGUGCAAUCUAGUAUUGAAAUUUGAGAAGAGUAUUUUUGUGAUGGCAGCAUGCUCUGUGCCGAAAACAGAUAAAAUUGGGUCAAUAUGUACUUUCCUUAACCCCCACAUACGUAAUACGAGUAUACAUAUUUUCGAACUCCCGGUCGACUUUAUGCGUCAUCUAUCGGCUAGUAUGUAAGAAAUCUUAAUGAAGUUCAGAGAGAAACUCUUUCCAGUAACAGUGUAUCCUGGAAUGGAUGAAAUCAGUGCAAUUCAGAUUUUUAACAUCUGUUUGAUUUUAUACUUUUUAUAUUGGUCAAUAUCUGAGGUUUCUUAAUGAAGUUCAGUGAGCAUCUGUUUCUGGUUAUGAUAUGUCUUAAUACCAAAAUUGGAUCAAAAAGAGUUUCUAUCUUCCGCGUCAAAAUAUGAUACCCUAGCAAAAUUAAGUGGAUAUAUUGCAUAUAAUGAUUUUCAAUAGUCCAGAAUGAAAUUGGGAUUCACCAUCCUUUGAUUGAUGUUUUCUUCAUAGAUCCCAUAUAUUAAAUUAACUUUAGUUUAGUUUAAACAUUUCCCAUAUGUAUAUUUUAUUUGGGUUAAUUACGUUGAAUUGUUUCUCAAGAUUUUUUAAGAUAACGGUUUGCAACACCUAAAAGUGUUUCCCCGCCUCUGAUAUUUUCAAGUUGCGAGAGUAUAAAAUAAAUUUGUAAAAGCAUUUUGAUUUUAAAUAUGUUUCUUAAUUCAAAUAUUUCAUAGAUAUAUUCAUAUAUGUAAACAUAUAUGUAAAACAUAUGUAGGUAUAUGGUACUAUAAACUAGCUUUAUAUGGUUAAACCUGAUAGCCUUAGCUCAUGACUCCGAUCUUGUAAUGAAACUGAUAAAGGUCUUGACGUCACUUGUCUAAUUUGCAUUAACUGGCUACUUAGUACACAAAAUGGUGACUCAUUGUGUAUUCAUCCUCAAUUCGGAGAAUCAUGGGAUCAAAAAUUAACCCAGUUACCACGGAAACGUUUGAGAAAAUACUUUCUGUGUUUCCUUGUAGAAGAUAUAGCCCAAUCCUCUCAGUGUAGUUCUAACAUCUCAUUUCAUAAAGUCUCAUAAUAACCACCAGCUCAACAACUUCUUCAUAGUUUAGAACAGGCGCACACUACAAAUAAAAGCUUCGGUCUGACUUCUGUUCAAGUUGCUAAAGCCGCAAUAAUAUUGCUAAACGCACUAACAUAGUUUUUGUUAUUGAAACUCUGUAUAUAGGGGCAUUCGAAAGUGCAUUGGAAAGAAGAUCACCAGAAAGUGCACAUCGUUAGAAGAGCUUAGUACGUUCUAACUGUAUCGAUUCAAAUGGGUCGAGCCCCUAACCACAAAUACUGCACAGCGUUUCUGCUAGUGAUAAGUAUCGUCUGCAUCAACGCCGAUGGCGCCGAAAAUACCGAAAAAGACAUGGAAACGUUUGCUUCCCACAAACUGUUGGUGGACUCUAUUUUUGCAGAUUCUCAGAAUUUAAUCAGAUAUGCGUUUGAAAAGAGUGUGGAAGUAUGCCAAAAGCUACUCAACGAGGAGAUAUUCAAGAACGAAACGAGUGUAGAAUCAGAGACUCGCGAAAUGAUUAUGAGUAAUUGUGUUAAUCGGGUCUUGAAUCGCUUAAUUCCCACAGUGAUUCGUCGUUAUGGUAAUCAUGCCGACGAAAUGCUGUUAAGCAAAUUUGGAUUUGAGGACAUUCGAAAAGUUGUGGAUCAAAAAUAUGACGAGUUCUUCAAAGAGAUUGUGCAGCGAAUUGAAGGUUAUGUGAAGAGUUUGACGUCGGAGCAGCAGAAAAAAACGAUGGCAAAAAAUCUGAAAAGAUGGUCAAGAAAAAUUAAGAAUGCGCCAACUUUGGAACGGAAACAAAUGACUUUUGCAAAAUUUAUGCGGUUUUAUAAUUUUGAGAGAGCUGUUUAAUGUGUCUGCUUUAAACAACAUAUUUUAUGACAAAAAGUUUGUAAAUGCAAGCAAAAUCAAUAUAUAAUAUUUUAUUUUUCAAUUGAAGGAGAGAACUUCUUUACUAUUGUACAUUAUUCGAGCUCUGUAGAAUAUAAUUAUUUGAGUUGGCUUUUGUGAAUGAUUUAUUAUAAAUAUUUUGAGAGUUCAGUUCACACGCAAUGACUUUGAAGUCGAAUAAUACAUAAUGUAUUCAUGUAAAGUCCAUAAACAUCCACAUUUUUGAAAAAUUAGGUUUUCGCUCUGCUAUGUGGAUGACGUUUUGUAGCCCAGUUCAAGCACGUGCUAGUUCGGAAAUUAUUCGAUUAUUGAAAAUGAAAAGAAAACAGAAAAGCAAAGAAUCGCUUAAAUAUAGUUUUCUGGAUUCAUGUCUCUGAUACCAAUAAUUUAUCAGCUGGACAUUAAUUUAGUUGAAUUUUUGAAUGCUACAAAUUUUCCUGGUUUUCUGGAUAACCUUUGAAGAUUCUCAGUUAUUCAAGAUCCUCUACAAGCACAAUAGGGCAAUGCUUCAAUGAUUUCUGAGAAAACUAGAAGUUCUAUAGAAAAAAUUUAUAUGGCAAAUAAAAAUUAUAUGGCAGCUGUACGUAAAGAAGAGAUCUGCAACUUUUUUAUUAACAUCUUUUUCACAUAACCUUAAAAUUUAUGUGAAAAUUUUCAAAUAUGCAAGUUUUUUGAUUUUUUUUUUAUCUUGUAUAAAUAUAUACAUACCUAUAUCCUGUGGUUAAAACUAGUAAAACUCUUUACAUAUUCCUCCAAAGUUAGCACAACGCACACCUUUUGCAAGAGCCGCGGUCUAACUGCUGUUUGAGUUACUAAGACCAAAGAGGAAUAAAUAUAUAUUAAAUUGUUAUUGUUGUUAUUAAAAAUUUUCGUUAAAACGCAUUCGAAUUUUCAUCUGAAAUAAGACCAGCAGUGCAUGUGGAUCGUUAGAAGAGUUUAGCUUAGUUCAAUUUUGAGUUGAGUGUUGUGAUAUUUAUAUGCUGAAGAUAUGUCAAAUUAAACUGAAUGGCCUAUUUUAUCCGAACUUCCGAUCAAAAGCAUGAUCUCGUAUAGAAUUUUGAGAUUCUUGAAUGUAUUGUGCAGUUUAACGCAACACUAAGUGGCUACAUUAUUUAAAUUCUUUCACUUUGCACUUUAGAAAAUAUGAUUUGCUUGUGAUAAAUCUUUGAAGAAACUUUUCCUGCCUCUUAGCUGUUCUUGCAGAAGCCAUGUAUUUACAUAUGUAUAUUUAUACCCUGUACUGAUAUUGUGCAGACGUCCUUUUCUCAACAAAAAACUUUUCGGAAACGCCGAUAUCGCACAACAAUACAAACUGACCGAUCGAACUUAAGUCCUUGUAUGGAAAACUUUCUUAUUUGACAAGGUAGCUUCACGAAAUUCGUCAUAUAAAUAAUGUAUUAUUAUCCAAGACAUUGCUACAAUACAAUCUCCAUAUAUAUUAUUCAGAUCGUACCACGAUGGCAUAAAUCUGCCAUAUAAACCGACCGAUCAAAAUCAGAACAAAAAAUUGUAAAACCUUUUAAGCUAUAAAAAAUGCACCUGUGAAGGGUAUUAUAGCCGAAGUUAACAUUUGUUUUUGUUUAUUUUAAAAAAUUUUGGCAACUCUAUUAAUUGUAUUUUUCUAAACGUAAUUCAUAAUUUUUUUGCCAAGCAUCAGCAUCGCUAAUACAACAUUCUAAGCUUAUAUACUAUAAAUAUUUAUAGACACGCAGUCAUACAUAAUAUACUAUACUUUUAUAUACAAGUAUGUAUAUACAUAAAAUAACAUACAUAUGUACAUGUACAUGAUUACUGCACUCAGCACAGGCUGAUCUUGUAAGAGAGCUGAUAAGAAAAUCGAAAUGCUUAGCGCUCACAGCUCGUUAUCAGCUGUCUACCGAGUGCUGUUUCUUGCUGUAAGAGUGUAUUCGUUGGGGUCUCGUACAAAGUUCAUAUGCAUGCAUGUACAACAAUGUGUGCUGAAAAUAUUUGAAACUACACUUGAAACAAGAUCACUAGUGUGCGCACAUCGUUUGUAGAGAUAAGCAGCAGUUCCGGGCUGACACUAUGCGAAUUCUAAAAAUGCCACAACAAAUUAUGAAUAUAUAUUUCAUAGCGUGUCUACUAGUGAUUGGUCUCACCAGCACCCACGCAACUAGCACUACUGAAAAUCCCUCUGAAGCUGCGCAAACAGCACGCGAACAAUUGAUCGAAGCUGUAACAGCGGAUUACCUAAAACUGCUCGACUAUGAAGUGAAUGAGAGUAAGGAGUUGGUUGAAAGAGUACUCGAUGAUGAUAGAUUCCAAAAUAUUCGCAGUGAAAUGUUGCUGAACAAGAAAAUCAUGUUACGAAACUAUGUUGAGUUCGUAAAGGAGAAGAGUAUGAAGAAGCAGCCAUCAAAGGAGUACAAAGCACCACUUUUCUUCUACGUCUUCGGCAAGUCGUUACUAUAUACAGACUUCCUAGAUAUUGUGGCGCGUUUAGAGCCCACCCUGAAUCCUUAUGAUUGUUGGAUUGAGCAGGACUUUAUGUCUUUUGGACUUGAAACUUUCAUAGAUACGUUGAAUCAAAAACGUGCUAUGCUGGUGCGUGAGAGUGUGCGGCGCAUUGAUGAUUAUGUAAAUGGCUUGUCGCCGGAACAGCAACGAAAGGCCGUGGCGCAAAAGCUAUUCGAUUGGUCGGGGAAAUUGAAAGAAGCCACAGAAGUGCAAGACAAAAUGGGUGUUCUCAAAGAUUUUUUGCGUGAUUAUUACUUGGAAACACCAGUUGAAAUGUUAUAAAGUAGGGGGAGGACAGUGUUUUCGAGCUAAGUUUAGUGGAAAGUAGCUGAGAUACAAAUUUAUUGAUAUUUGUUAAUAGAAAUAUUAAACUAUAUUUAAAUAAAAAUGAAAAUUAGUGCCACA